AUAAGUCGCUCGGAGCGCGGGCUAGGCUUACUGUUGAUGAAGGCUAAUUUCCUUAAAACGUAGUAUGUGGAAUUACAAGAACGUCAUAUUGUCGCUUUUUAAGUAACAAGUGAAGGGUUCGAGUUGGUUUUCUUUCCUGUAACGUUAGCUGUUUUGCUUGCUAACAAGCUAGCUCUUGCGUUGCAUCGUUUAGGGGGAUUGUUUUGCUCUGUAGAACCGCAGCCAUGAUGGCGUCCAGCUAUAACGCAAAGGAGGAAGAUGGGCACCAUUCUGGAGCUUCGGGACCAGGCGGUGGGGCGGCGGUCAAAAGCAAGAAACCCGACAACACUGCCUUCAAACAGCAAAGAUUACCCGCUUGGCAGCCCAUCCUUACCGCGGGAACCGUGCUGCCAGCUUUUUUCGUCAUCGGUCUCAUCUUUAUUCCGAUCGGCAUUGGCCUUUUCGUAACAUCGAACAACAUCAAGGAGUUCGAGAUCGAUUAUACAGGGACAGACAUGUCAAGCCCCUGUUUUAACUGCUCAAAUAACUUCAGCUGGAAUAGCACAGUGCCUUGCAAAUGUUCUGUGUCCUUCUCCCUUGACCAACCAUUUGAGAGCAACGUUUUCAUGUACUACGGACUGUCCAACUUCUACCAGAACCAUCGACGUUAUGUGAAGUCUAGGGACGACAGCCAGCUGAAUGGUGACAAAACAUCACUGACGAAUCCCAGCAAGGAAUGUGAACCGUAUCGUACCAGUGACAGAAAGGCCAUAGCACCGUGUGGCGCCAUUGCCAACAGUCUUUUCAAUGACACCUUGGAACUGUUUUACAUUGAUCUUAACGGCACCAGAACCAAGAUCGAACUGGUGAAGACAGGCAUCGCUUGGUGGACGGACAAGCACGUGAAAUUCAGGAAUCCUGGCGGAAAUAACGUCAACCUCACUGUGGUUUUCCAAGACACAUCCAAGCCGGUGAACUGGCGCAAGCCCGUGUACGAGCUGGACACCGACCCGGAGAACAACGGCUUCAUCAACGAGGACUUCAUCGUGUGGAUGCGCACGGCCGCCCUGCCCACCUUCCGCAAACUGUACCGCAUCAUCCAGAGGAAGAACAGCAUGACCCCGACCCUGCCCAGGGGCAACUACACGCUCGACAUCACCUACAACUACCCCGUGCGCAGCUUUGAGGGGCGCAAGCGCAUGAUCCUGAGCACCAUCUCCUGGAUGGGGGGGAAGAACCCCUUCCUGGGCAUCGCCUACAUCACCGUGGGCUCUGUCUGCUUCUUCCUGGGCGUGGUCCUCCUCAUCAUCCACCACAAAUAUGGGAACCGCAACAACAGCGCCGACAUCCCAAACUAAACGCUCCUUUGAGGGGGGGAAGCAACAGAAAAAGUGCAUGCGCAUUGCUAGGGUACAACCUUCCCCCUCCCCCCCCCCCGGGACGGAACCGCUAGCUAAUUCAAUGUAGAAGCACUGGUUUCUGUAAGUGUCUGUGCUCCGCUUGUUUGAAAAGUUCUUUCGUUAUUUCCUGGAAUGGAUGGUUAUGCAGUGUCUGGUAGGGUUUUGGCUAUGCAAUCAUGGAGCGGGAGAUGGCCACCGCCAAACGGGAACCUCUAAGACAAGGUUUCACGUGUCAGAAUCACAGAACAGUUCCGUGUAACCCGCAAUACAUAACUAAUGGGCAAAUUCUCCCUGUAACUGUUAGUUUGAAAGCCGUGGGAGACUUAAAUAACUUGAUAUCAGAGGAAGUAGCAAAUCAUGUGUGUGAAAGUGUCUAUACGAGUUUGAAAAAGAAAAAUGCAUUUUGGCAUAUUUCCUGCUGGUCUAUGUACUGUUAUUUAUUGUUUUAUUAUUAAAUGUUUUAUCUCAGACAUUAAUUCUGUCCCGCUUCAGUGUGGAAUGCAUUAAACCAAUUGGGCUGUAUUAUGGCUAUAUGUAUUUCAUGUAGUACAAGUCACGCAUAUUCAUGAUUAUGGCAAACCGCAUGAGCACUUCAAGAAGGCAACCAUGAUUGUUUGAAACUUUUCCAGUUAAUCUAAAGUUAUGCUAAAGCACAGGUUGGUAUUUAUUUAAAUUAUACUAGGUUUUGUAAUUUUGUUAUGCAUUUAAAUACCUUUGAAAUUAGUUUGUUGCUUAUAUAUACUGUGUCAGACAUGGGUCAAAUACGUAUUUGUUUUGGAUUCAAAUACUUUUCUACGCUUUACUGAUCUUGCCUGGUCAAAAAGUGCAAACCCUGCCUUCUGGUCAUAUUGGCAGGCUCAGUUACAACAGGCAAGAUCAACAGAGCACAGAAAAGUAGUUGAAUCCAAAAUGAAUAUGUAUUUGACCCAGGUAUGUACUGUGUAUGUGUGUGUGUGUGUGUGUACGUAUAUGCGUGCGUGCGCAUAACAUGCAAAUUAGGAAAACUGUUGUGAAUAAUUAACUUUAGAAGGAACGUUUUCAAAACAAAGUGUAUUUGAAAGACUGUAGGGACCAAAAUAGAGAAAUGGGGUUGAAUUUACUUUCUGGAGUUAAGAAAAAUCCAUUCACAACAGUUACCAAUUCAUUUGCACUUUACAUUUCUCAUGUGUUGUAGCCAUAACAUCCAUUGGUUUGUUUAGCUUUUUGGUUUCAUUAUCUUAUGUAUUGUAAAAUUACCUUUUUUUCUGAUGAGUUUACACAUGACAUGACAGAAAAAUAAAAAAGUGGAAAACAAA